UAUUGAAAUUUUCCGAAUUUAGUACCCUAUCUUAUUAUGAUAUUCUUCUCUAAUUUUGUUUUUAGUUAACAAUUUUAUCUCAAUAACUCAAUAACUAAAAUUUUAAUCGCAAAGAUAAUUUAAUAACAAGACUAUGGCAGAUAUAAAAUCCUUAUUAAAAGAAGCACGAAAACUUAUCGACGAAAAGAACUUCAAAGAUGCCCAAGAAUGCUGUAAGAAUAUUUUGAGAAAAGACAAGCAGAAUUAUUUAGCUCUCGUGUUGCUUGGAAAAUCGUUACAAGAUUCUGAUCAGGCACCUUUAGCUUAUCAAAAGGCUAUUGCCAGUAAACCUGAUCAUGCCUUAGCCUGGCAAGGAUUGGCAAAUUUCUAUGAAAGGAAAGAGGAUAGUGCUUCAAAAAUUAAGCUUAUAUCUAUUUAUAAUGAAAUUUUGAAGCUUUCUCUGGAAGAGGAAAAGGCAGUAGAAAUUAUAACAAAGGUUGGUCAAUUGGGCUGCUCUCUUAAAAGUAAUGAUACCAUUACAACCCUUUUAUCAUACAUUAACUCAAAGCCGGAAAAUAAACUUAAAGAAAUAGCUGAAGAACAAUUGUUAAUUUUAUUGAAAAGUGAUAUCAUUUGUAAAGAAAAUGAUAUUUCAAGUGUUUUAACUUUCUUAGAUUGCAUAGUAAACAAUAAGGAAAACAUACAAAUGAUAUAUGGAAAAAUAAUUUUACAAAAACCUAAUUUUGCAUCAGCAGUAACUGAUGUAAUUAAUCUAAGUUUUUUCUCUACCAAUGUAUCACUUCGAGACUGGCUAUGUAAACAGCUGUGUAUUAAAUUUGUUGAAGAAAACUCAUUUAUGGGCUUUGAUAUAGAUGAACAUUUUAAUAAAAUAACUGAAGGUAUAGAAAAUUCUAAAUAUCCUGGUCUCCUAAAAAGUAUGCUCUAUUAUAACAAGGGUCAAUAUUUAGAAGCCUACAAAGAAUGUGUGCCUUUAGUAAAUUAUCAGGAAGCAGACAAAACUGAAGCAAUAUUUAUUAUAAGGUGUACAAUAAUGCUUAAUAAAUGGUCAAUAGCUCAGAAACUUGCAACCAAUUUUUUGAUUAAGGUAAAAGAUCAUGAUUUUGUAUUAACCCUUAAAAAGGUUCUGUUCACAUCUCUGUAUGAACAACAAAAAUGGGCCCAAGCAAUUGCCAUUGGUAAGGAAAUUCCUUUAGACUUGUUCAGUGAAAGUGAACAAGCUGCUCUGGCUAAAUGUUACAUUGAAACUAAUGAAGAAGCAGAAGGAAUUUUGGACAACCUUAAAUCUACAAGUUACUUUGCUCAACUAAGGGCAUUGUCACUCAUGAAAAGUGGGAAAUACAAUGAUGCAGUUGCUAUAUUGGAGGAAAAUUCUUCAGAUAAUCAACUAAAUCUUUUUUAUUUAGGACAGUGCUAUUGGGAAUUGCAGCAAUUUGAUAAGUGCCUUAUUAAUCUUCUAAAAUCGGCUAAACUGAAUGCAGAGCAUGCUUAUACAUUUUUGUAUUUAGGUCAUUUUUAUUUUUCAUAUAAACAAGAUUUGGAAAAGGCCAAAAAAUGUUAUGAAAAGGCACAUAGCCUUAACAACACAGAUAAAGAAAUAAUGAAAAGUUUGAGUGGAAGUUAUUUAAAAUUAGGUCUCAAGGAUUUAGAUUUUGAAUUAUUAAAAUCCUAUCAAAAUAAAGAAAAUGAAACAUGGAUUCACUUCAGACUGGGUCUUCAUUACAUCAAUAAAAGAGAAUGGGAGAAUGCUAUACUACAAUUUAGGAAUGUUAUCAAAAGUAAUAAAAAUGAUGUUGUUGCUUUUGAAUGUCUGGCUGAUGCUUACUAUUCACGUGGAUCAUUUACAUCUGCCUUGAAAGCAUAUAAGAGAGUUAUAGAAUUAAAUUCUAAUCAUAUGACUUACUGUUUAACGAGAAUUGGUUAUAUCCAUUGUCUGCUUACAGAAUAUGAGGAUGCUAUUGCUACUUUUGAAAAUGUCCUAAAAAUAGACCCAAAGUCUGUUUUAGCACUAAAAGGUAUAGCAGAAUCUUGGAUUAAAAUUGCGAAAAAGAAAGCAUCUGCAAAAUUAUUUGGUGCUGCACGAGAUUCUGCUCAAAAUGCUAUAAAUUUCAUUUGUGAGGCCUUGACACAAGAAAAGAGAUUUACAUGUUUCUGGAACUUAUUGGCUAAUGCUUUAAUUUUUGUAACAAGUCUUCCAGAUAAAUAUUGUUAUGUUUAUAUGAGGACUGCAUCCAUAGAUCAAGGAGACAGGAUAAAAGUUGAUAAGUUAGAUAUUUUCCCACAAGCCCUGGCAUGUUAUUCCAAAGUAAUACAAAUAAAUAAACAAAAUUCUUCAUAUAUUUUAGCAUUAACAUAUUUACUAUACUAUAAUGCAUCUGGGAAUGUAUCAAAUUUGCAGAUAUCAUAUAAACUAGCUUUGGCUUGUAUUCACUCAAAGCCGUCAGCUUGGCGUAAUUGGAACUUGCUAGGUAAAAUAUGUGUUUUCAUGAAAAAGUAUGAUAUAGCCCAACAUUGCUUCAUUAAAGCAUUGAUGGUAACUCAUAAAUGGUCUGUUGCAAAGAUUUGGUGCAAUUUAGGCACUCUGUAUGUUAAAAUUAAACUUUAUAAAUUGGCAAAUUAUUGCUUUUGGCGGGGACAAUCGACUCUACCUUCAUAUCCUCAAAGUUGGAUUGGACAAGCCUUGAUAGCAGAAGUGAUACGUGAAGAGGAAGCAAUGGAUCUGUACAGGCACGCGUCGCGACUCGGUUAUCACCCUGAAAGUGCUCUGGGGUAUGCUGACUGGGUUUGCAGAAUACUUAAAAACAGUGACUAUAAGAAUAAUCGUGAAUUAAAGUAUGUUAUUGAUGAUCUAUACGCAAUAACAUAUGGCAUUGAUUUAUUGGAAUGGUUUAUUACUCAUGAACCACAUAAUGCUUGUGCAUUAAAUGUUCUCGCCAUUUUGCAAGAACGAUGUGGCCUCCUUCAUGUGGCUCUAGAUUCUUAUCAAAAAGCAUAUGAUUUUGCAGAAGAGGAAAAGAAGAAUAUUAUUAGAUUAAAUAUUGGAAGGCUUUUAAAUAGACUUGAAAGAUAUGACGAUGCUAUCAUAACUUAUAAAAAUGUAACUGAGGCAAGUUUAGAUUCAACAUGUGGAUUAGCAUUGGCAUUAUUUAAGAAAGGUCUUUAUGAAGAAGCAUAUUCAGUUUAUGAUACAGCAUUACAUUGGUUAAGCAAUGAAGAUGAUGAAAAAUCAGACCUACUUGUGGCAAUGGCUGGAAUAGUGUACAUGUACAAAGGAAUGGAUGAUGCAAAAACUUUACUGUUUCACAGUAUACAAGUAUCUCAAAAGAAACCUACGCCAUAUAGCUUAUUUGCUAUUUGCUCUUUAGGAAUCUUACAUUCAGAUCAGGGUUUGUCAAAACUAGCCUUAAGUGAAUUACAAAAAUAUGAAACUGAUAGUAGAUUUGGGUAUGAUAUAGGUUUUUUGAAAUCAUAUCUGGUUUAUAUGAAUGACAUAGACCUCGCUAUUAAGUCUAUAAGUGAUAGUAUCCAUGAUCAUCCAUGUGAUGCACUGUUGUGGUUUUGUAUGUCUCAGUACUGCCUGCAAUCACCAAGUAACAAAGCCAGGGUUGCAAGUUGUUGUGCUCAAAGAGCAAUGUAUUUGGAUCAUGAUAAUAGUUUAACUGCCAAAAUGAUGGCUACAGCAAGUGUUUCUGAAAAUGUCAGUGGAGAUAAAUUGAAAGCAUUGGUAUUGGCAAAGAAGGGCCUCCAUCUAUACCCAUGUCAACCAGAAGUAUGGGCUGCUAUUUUAUUCACAACAACUUGCCAAAAAAUAAGUACUGAAAGAAGGGAUUGGACAUUAGCAGCUACAAAUCAUAUGAGAAAACAGUUGGAUGUUUCUCGACAAAUGACUAGGUGGAUUACCUUGCUUGAGAAAAAGCUUAGUAAGGCAUGAAUAUAUAAUGUGAUAAUGUAAUAAAUUGCCUCAAUAUAAUAAAUUGCGUAGCUUUCAUAUAUUAUUAUACUAUUUAUUAAGUGCUAAGUUAUGAAUUAAAUGUUUUUUUCAAAAAUAAAUACAA